GGUGCUCAGCUCAGUAGCAGCCCCGACGCCGCGUCGCGAGCACGUCCGCGACGACGACGCCCCGACAGAGUGAGUGAGAGACACAACCGCGCCAUCAGCACCCUCUGCGUCGUCGACACCCCGCCGCCAAACCCAUCCGCCACCCACCCGCCAUGACAGCAGCAAGCAAGCGACGGAGAGGCGCUGCGGCCGCGGCGCCAGAGGCGCAUAAAGCUCCCGGCUCCUUGAAGAAGCGAGACUUCUUCGGCAAGCGGUCUCCCGGUUCAAAUGAUUCCUCGGCGACGACGACGUCCGCCCCCGCUCAAGGGCCGCGUAAGGGUGCCCCCGUCGCCCCGACCUCCACGGCGGUGCAGGGGCCUCCAGCUGCUGCCCCAGCUGCUGCCCCAGAAUGGUCCCAAUGUGAAGCAGCUCAUCAUUACAUCCUGACUCAGACACACCACAAUCUCCAAAGCAACCAGAAGAACUUGGGAAAAGCUUUGUUAAAACAAAAGUGCACCAAACAAAAUAUACAGAAUAAUUGA